GACUUUAAGGUCGUGGCAGUGUGAACCGCCUCUUAUGCUCCAGUGGUCUUAGGUCCUCGGAUGUCAUCAUGUACAAUGAAGGGUCCAUAGUCCUGCACUGGACUUGAGGAUGCCAAUGGACAGAAGAAUAAAGGAAACCGCUAGCUGCCAGGGGAGUAGGGAUCAUAGGGAUCAGAUUUAAUAGAGAUAAAAAUGGACGUAUGUGCUGCAAACAACCAGUUUGCAGUUGAUGUUUUCAGAGAAAUAAGUAGGAAUGCUGAAGGCCAAAAUGUUGUAUUCUCACCACUCAGUUUAUUUACUGCAUUUGCAAUGGUGUUUCUGGGAGCAAGGGGUAACACAGCCGCACAGAUAAGUAAGGCACUGCACUUCAGCGAUGUUAAAGAUGUCCAUUUUGGAUGCAAAAAUCUUUGGGAGGAGUUAGAGAAAAAAGGCGAUGGACACAUUUUGAUUAUUGCCAACAAAUUAUUUGGGCAAAAAUCCUUUGAUUUUUUUCAGGCAUUUUUGAAACAGACUGAGAAUCUUUAUAGUGCAGGCUUGGAACAACUUGACUUUUUUAAUGAUGCAGAAAAAUCAAGACAGCACAUUAAUGAUUGGAUUAGUCAACAGACAAAUGGAAAAAUUCAACAAUUAUUGCCAGAGCAAUCCAUUUCACCGAACACAGCACUGGUUGUUACAAAUACAUUAUAUUUUGCUGCAAACUGGACAAAACCAUUUCGUGAAUCACGGACCCAUGAUGAUACCUUUACCUUGCUAUCGGAGGACAAAGUAACAGUUAAAAUGAUGACUAUGAUAAAUUACUUCAAAGUAAAAUAUGUGGCGAAUCCUGGCUUAAAAAUUGUGGAACUUCCCUUUGGACCAAAAGAAGAUUUUAGUAUGAUGAUUAUAUUUCCAGAUAAUAAUGCAAUUUUUAAAAAGAUAAAAAACAUGGAUUUAUAUAAAGACCUCACUGCUUGGAUCAGCCCAGAGGGUAUGAAGAUGACUAAUAUAGAUUUACAGGUGCCAAAAUUCAAAGUGGAAAAAAACUUUUCACUUAAAGAAACACUGAAGUCCAUGGGAAUUACAGAUUCAUUCAGCCAAGUCAAAGCAAAUUUCUCUGGAAUGACAGACCAAGGCAAUAUGUUCAUGUCUGAUGUAUACCACCAAACGUUCUUUGAUGUAAAUGAAAAAGGGACUGAAGCAGCUAGCUCUACUGCUUCUGUGAUGUCAUUUCGCAGUCUUCCAAGUGAUGAAAUUAAGUUAAAUCGCCCUUUUUACGUUGCCAUCAAGCACAACCAAUCAAACUGCAUAAUACUUUAUGGAGUGGUGAACAAACCCUAACAUAAUGUAUGCGAAGAUUACCACUUCUAAAACUUUCAGAACUCAUCUGUAUUUUUAAUGUAUAUAACUUAUCAAAGAUAAUUUAUAUUUUAUUUUACUUCAAAAACAUAAUAUAUGUUUGACAUUAUACCGUUGUUACAUUUUAGUAUCUAAAAUGGCAGGGGAGUCCUGUUUUUAAUGCUUGAUCUUGUGGUAACCUUGUAAAUAAACCUUUUUUAAUUACUGUAUAUAUUUGAAUGUGUUAACCUUUCAGUGCCAACAAGAAAACUGAACUUUCUAUAGUUUCUAUGAGUAUCUGCACUUUGUACACCUUCAUUGCUCUUAAUUAAUAAACCUAUUUGUAUAGCUA